AUGGCCCGCACACACAUGGUCUCUGUUUCGGGCGUCAAUCCAUACCCAAAUUGCCUUCUAUGCGGAGUGGAGAUUUCGAAUCUCUGCCCCCGAAAUGUGGAUCCAACCCGUUCUGACAUCUUGUUCAAAGAAAAUAAAUGGAAACACUACAGGAAAGCCAAACUUGAACAUGUGAUGGUCCCAUCAAAGGAGGUAGAAGAGGCAUAUCUCGCAAAGUUCCCUGACAUGUGGUCAUGCAUGUGUCGAGCCAUACUCAAAGGGCCUGGUACCAAAUACUCUCUGAGUGGCAUUACUGCAAUUGAAACUAGCCCCACUGAUCCUUACAUUAUUCCAAAAAACCCCAGCAUGGCACGAAUCGGCGGGAAAAGGCGUAAUAUCAAAUACGAUGACGAUACCUUCACGCAAUUCUAUGCAGCGUCCAUCAAAAAACAACUGAGUCGGUUCAAAGGCGAAAAUAUCGGAUUCGUUGUUCAUGCCCACUGCUGGGCUCUUCUCGACCGAAUUAUAUCAACGACAUUGGUCGAAAGGAAAAUGGAGAAAUUCAUUCGUGCUGCCCGAAAAUACUGGCGUGACCAUGAAUUGUGGGGAAUUUACGAUUGUUUGCUCGGCUCAUGGAAGUAUAGUGGCUCGAAAAGUGCUCAUCCAGGGUUCGAGUACGGCUGCGACAUAUUUAUGAAUCCUUUCAUAGUCCCCGAGGUUCAAAAAGCAAUCGACAACGCAAGGAAGACUAAGAAAAAACAAAGCCAACGUCGUGGUAGUAACGUGCCAUUGGAAGUUGCGAUUAUGAUCGCCGAGUGGACUUGCCCCAUUGACUAUACACCGGCCGAUGUGAUGAAUACGCGAAAUAUGCUGUCUGCAUGGCAAUGGAUAUUGCCAGAUUGGUUUUGGAAGAGGCGGCUAGAAGAGGCGAUAUUCGUUGAACUGAAAUCACUCAGGGAGGCCAGCGAUUCAAUCGAUUGGCAGGGCCUACGGCUUGAUUUGAUGGCUCUUGUUUCUGAUCAGGAGUGGUAUUCCUUCAGCGGGUUGGCGAAUCGUGAACGAGUGCUUAGCUUUAUGACUGCUAUCAAGUCGAAUUUCCUCGACAUGUCCUGA